UAAACGUCCGGUGCCAGGUACCACAAAACACAAACGGAAGUGACCGUUUUGACAGUGACGUCAGCCGCACGGUAUAUAAUGACGUUGUAAUUUCUAAGCGGAAUACUUCCUUCUGGGCAUAGUUACAGUUGGCAGCGUUUUCUUUGCCUACAAGGAAGCAUUUCGCACCAUGGCGUCGCGUUUUCUCAGUCUUCUGGUGUUACUUGUUACGUUCGUGUCCCUGCGCUCUGCCCAGUCGUCAGACGAGACAUGUGUGUGUAGCCCGGUGGUGUAUUGUGGGAAUGGCGACGCACUUCGAGCAGAGCUAGAGAAACUCAAAAUCGCAGUGGAGCAACUUUCCCAGAGAAGGACGUGUGGGUCUGAAGUCAACGACACAGCCACAGAGAAGCCACAAGACUGUCAGGACAUCCUUGACAACGACGAGACCACGCCCAGCGGCGUGUACAUGGUUUAUCCACGGGACAACCUGGGCGGCUUCAACGUCUUCUGUGAUAUGGACACGGACGGAGGCGGCUGGACGUUGUUCCAGAGACGCCAAGACGGAACCGUUGACUUCUACCGGGGCUGGGCGGACUACAAAACCGGCUUCCCUUCCAACCUGAACGGCGAGUUCUGGCUGGGAAAUGACAACUUGUACCGCCUGGCUGUGCAGAAAGUCUACCAGCUCAGGGUGGAUAUGGAGGAUGUGGAGGGGAACACGGCGUACGCGGCUUACGACACGUUUGCCAUCUCACCUGAAUCACAGAACUACAGGCUCUACAUAGGGACUUACAGUGGUAACGCAGGUAAGGUUGUCAAUUGUAGCAGGGUCAUCACUCGGAGUUGAGUCCAUAGUGAAUGAUUUUUCGCCCAUCUGUUUAUUAUGUUAACUGAAGGAAUAUAUAUUGUUUUUGCUCUGUUUCCUCUAUUUCUUCUCCGAAAAAUUUAGUAAAUGAA